AUGGUUGUGUAUAUCCGUGUUCAUGACGUUGCAGAUUCCUGCUCGGAUAGAGACGUGAGAUUGGUUGAUGGAACCGACAGACGUGAAGGUCGUGUGGAGGUGUGCAAUGGUGGAGCAUGGGGCACAGUCUGUGAUGAUUUCUGGGCUUUAAAUGAUGGACAUGUUGUGUGCAUGCAACUUGGACUGGGAAACGCCACAUCUGUAAUUAAUGAAGCAUUCUUUGGACAAGGAACUGGAGCUAUUCUCCUGAACAGCCUCUUCUGUACUGGCACUGAGGCCACUCUGUUUGAUUGUCCCCAUGGUCCAGUGAACUGUGACCAUUCUGAGGAUGCUGGAGUUAUCUGUACAGCUCUUAUCGAUAUCCAGCCUUCCGAUGCCCUAGUCACAGUUGGACAAACAGCUACAUUCUCUGUCAGUGCUUCUCAGACUGGAGAGGGAACUCUUAGCUACCAGUGGCUUUUUGGUGGAGCACCACUGGAUGAUGUACCUGGAAAGAUUUCUGGCAGUACUAGCAGCUUCUUGGUGAUUGUUAAUGUACAAGUAUCUGAUACUUCCCAGGGCUAUUCGGUGGUUGUAUUGAAAGGCGAGGAAAACGUCACAUCUGACAACGUCAUUCUGUCAAUAUUGUCACCACCAACCAUCAUGAUACAUCCAACUGAAGAACUACACAUUCUUGCUGGGGACUCCGUGACUUUUACUGUUGUUGCAACUGGAGAGCUAUCGACCUUCAUCUAUGAGUGGCGAAAAGAUGGUGAUGAUCUUGUUAACAAUGCUCCUGUAAUCACGGGAGCUGACACAGCUACGCUUAGUAUCAGUCAACUUAAAGUAAACGAUGAAGGAGACUAUAACGUGUUCAUAAUGAACGAUGCUGGUGGCAUAGCCUCCAAUGUCGCAGCACUCUCAUUUCUUGCACCUCCGAUAAUAAUCAACCAACCAGAUAACUUGAUAGUUGUUAAUGGCAACCCGGCAGAACUAAGGGUGAGGGCAACAGGAGAUUUCCUCACGUAUAGUUGGAUUCAUAAUGGCGCUCCUCUUUCUAACGUCGGUAAUAUCGCAGGGGUAACCACGGACACUCUGACAUUGUCAUCUGCUCUUAUCGGUGAUGCUGGACUGUAUCGUGUUGUAGUGCGAAAUGAUGCUGACACAGUAUCUAGUAUAGGUACUUUAACAGUUGUUCCCAUGGUGAUGAUAUCUAGCCAUCCAAUGGACUUGGUGAAUGUCAAUGCUGGUAUCGACGUCAGUUUCUCUGUCAAUGCUAUGGGAGGAGAGCAGCUGGUUUAUCAAUGGAUGAAAGAUGGAGUGGACAUUGUAAAUACUCAACUUAAAUACACCGGCACAGACAGUAACUCUCUGACAGUGCUCAGUGUGAAUGAUCCUGAUGAUGAGGGGGCUUACUCUGUAACCGUGGGUAACCCUGCUUUGCCUGUACUCCACUGA